GCAAAAGUAAAGAAGCAGAGAUAAAGAGGAUAAAUAAAGAACUAGCAAACAUUCGAUCAAAAUUUAAAGGUGACAAGGCUCUGGAUGGUUACAGUAAGAAAAAAUAUGUCUGCAAAUUGCUUUUCAUCUUUCUCCUGGGGCAUGAUAUUGACUUUGGUCACAUGGAAGCUGUGAACUUGCUCAGUUCCAAUAGAUAUACAGAGAAACAAAUCGGAUAUCUCUUCAUCUCCGUGCUAGUGAACUCUAACAGUGAGCUGAUUCGCUUAAUUAACAAUGCGAUCAAGAAUGAUCUGGCCAGCCGCAACCCCACCUUCAUGGGGCUUGCUCUGCAUUGUAUUGCUAAUGUGGGGAGCCGGGAGAUGGCAGAAGCAUUUGCUGGAGAAAUUCCAAAAAUACUUGUAGCUGGAGAUACUAUGGAUAGUGUGAAGCAGAGUGCUGCCUUAUGCUUGCUGCGUUUGUAUAGAACUUCUCCUGACCUUGUCCCCAUGGGAGACUGGACAUCUAGAGUGGUGCAUCUCCUCAAUGACCAGCACUUGGGUGUAGUUACUGCAGCUACAAGUCUGAUCACCACUUUGGCACAGAAGAACCCAGAAGAGUUUAAAACUUCGGUCUCAUUGGCAGUGUCUAGAUUAAGCAGAAUUGUAACUUCAGCAUCGACAGAUCUUCAGGACUAUACGUACUACUUUGUUCCUGCUCCUUGGUUAUCUGUGAAACUUCUGAGGCUGUUGCAGUGCUAUCCCCCUCCAGACCCUGCGGUACGUGGUCGUCUGACAGAAUGCCUGGAGACUAUUCUUAACAAGGCGCAGGAGCCACCGAAGUCAAAAAAAGUACAACACUCAAAUGCAAAGAACGCUGUGCUGUUUGAGGCAAUAAGCUUAAUUAUACAUCAUGACAGUGAGCCAAAUCUACUAGUCCGUGCCUGUAACCAGCUAGGUCAGUUCUUGCAGCACCGAGAAACUAAUUUGCGUUACCUAGCACUGGAAAGCAUGUGCACGCUUGCCAGCUCUGAAUUCUCACAUGAGGCUGUGAAAACACACAUAGAAACAGUUAUCAAUGCAUUGAAGACUGAGAGAGACGUAAGUGUACGCCAGCGAGCUGUAGAUCUCCUGUACGCGAUGUGUGACCGAAGCAACGCCCAACAGAUUGUGGCUGAAAUGCUGAAUUACUUGGAGACUGCUGAUUAUUCCAUUAGAGAAGAAAUUGUUCUGAAGGUUGCAAUCCUAGCUGAGAAGUACGCAGUGGAUUAUACCUGGUAUGUGGAUACAAUCUUGAAUCUGAUUCGCAUUGCUGGUGACUAUGUCAGUGAAGAAGUCUGGUAUCGAGUUAUCCAGAUUGUUAUCAACAGGGAUGAUGUUCAGGGGUAUGCAGCAAAGACUGUUUUUGAGGCCCUUCAAGCUCCAGCAUGCCAUGAGAAUCUUGUCAAAGUAGGUGGCUACAUCUUGGGAGAAUUUGGAAAUCUCAUAGCAGGUGAUCCAAGAUCAAGUCCCCUCAUUCAGUUCAACUUGCUACAUUCCAAGUUUCACCUGUGUAGUGUUCCUACCCGGGCUCUGCUUCUGUCUACCUACAUCAAGUUUGUGAACCUGUUUCCAGAAAUCAAAACGACGAUUCAAGAUGUGUUGCGCAGUGACAGUCAGCUAAAGAAUGCUGAUGUUGAGCUGCAGCAGAGAGCUGUUGAGUAUUUGAGGCUCAGUACUAUUGCCAGUACUGAUAUUUUGGCUACAGUGCUGGAAGAAAUGCCUCCCUUUCCCGAGAGGGAGUCUUCCAUUUUGGCUAAACUGAAGAAGAAGAAAGGCCCAGGCACAGUUACUGACCUGGAAGAGAUCAAAAAGGAGAGGAGCUCUGAUAUGAACGGAAGCGCUGAACCUGCCGCUGUCAAUGCCAGUGCUGUUUCUACUCCUUCCCCAUCUGCGGAUCUGCUGGGUCUGGGUGCUGCCCCUCUCGCCAAUUCAGCGCCCCCACCGUCCUCUAGUGGGAGCCUGCUGGUGGAUGUGUUUUCAGAUUCAGCUUCUGCAGUGGCACCUCUUGCUCCUGGUUCUGAUGACAACUUUGCGAGGUUUGUGUGUAAAAAUAAUGGAGUCUUAUUUGAAAAUCAGUUGUUACAAAUCGGAUUGAAAUCUGAAUUUCGACAGAACCUGGGACGUAUGUUCAUAUUCUAUGGUAAUAAGACAUCAACGCAGUUCUUGAAUUUUACUCCAACAGUAAUCUGCUCAGAUGACCUACAGUCCAGCCUGAAUCUUCAGACAAAACCUGUUGACCCCACAGUGGAUGGAGGUGCACAGGUUCUGUCAGACUUCAUGGAAGCUCCAAUCCUGAACAUUCAAUUCAGGUAUGGCGGAACGUUUCAAAACCUUUCGGUAAAAUUACCCAUCACUCUGAACAAAUUCUUCCAGCCGACAGAGAUGUCUUCUCAAGACUUCUUUCAGCGUUGGAAGCAACUGAGCAAUCCGAAACAAGAAGUACAGAAUAUCUUUAAAGCAAAACACCCGAUGGACGCAGAGAUCACAAAAGCAAAGAUCAUUGGCUUUGGAUCAGCCCUGCUUGAGGAAGUAGAUCCCAAUCCUGCAAACUUUGUUGGAGCAGGUAUCAUACAUACGAAAACUACUCAGAUUGGAUGCUUGCUGCGCCUUGAACCCAACCUCCAGGCACAGAUGUACAGGCUCACACUACGAACAAGUAAAGAAGCUGUAUCUCAGAGAUUAUGUGAAUUGCUGUCAGAACAGUUUUAAUAUUAACCAUGUCAGUUUUGUUUUUCCCAUUUAUAUCACUGUCAUCAUACUGCAAAUAAAUGUCUUGUACAUCACCGUCUGAGUACUGCAGUGUUAACCAAUACCAGCUCCCUGCCUUAAUAGGAUUUGACCCUUGUUUGAAAUUAAGACUACAAAUACACCGUACAGGGAAGGGACUUUUUACGUUGUGGAUGGCUGUGUGUGUUACACAAGGGAUGGGAGGGCUCUCUUGUGCUCUUUUUUUUUUUUUUUUUUUUGUUGCAGAGGUCAGGCUUUAAACCUGUUAAAGGGAAGUUGAUUUAGAUGUGCUAACCCAGGAUUUCAACUGGAAGUGGCUAGUAACGUUCAGCCGUAGCGCCUUUAACAGGUGCUC